AUGGGAGGAAUUAUUUUCAACGAAGAGGAUAUGGGUUUUUAUUCAUCAUCAAAUGAAGCUAUUGAUGGUCAUCGAACGGUUGUUUUGGUCGGGAAAACUGGAAACGGCAAAAGUGCAACUGGGAACUCCAUAUUGGGGACAAAAGCCUUCAUUUCAAAGACUAACUCAUUCGGUGUUACACUUAUUACUCAAAGUAAUCAAACUCAGUUUCCAGACGGUCAAACUCUUACCGUUAUUGAUACACCUGGAUUAUUUGAUAGUUCAAUUGACCAUGAAACUAUUGGAAGUGAAAUACUAAAAUGCUUCCGAAUGACUAGUGCUGGUGUUCAUUCUAUCCUGGUGGUUUACUCUCUGAGAAGUCGGUUUUCUAAGGAAGAAGAAGCCGUUAUUCAUUGUCUCAAAGAACUUUUCGGUGAAAAGAUCUAUGACUACAUGAUUGUUGUGUUUACCGGUGGAGAUGACUUGGAAGAGGAAGAAGAUGAGUCUUUUAAAGAUUAUUUGGGUCGUCAGAAUUCUGAAUCUCUUCAGGAAAUCCUUCGCGUCUGUAACAAUCGAAAAGUUUUAUUUGAUAACAGGACAAAGGAUAAACACAAGCAAGCUCAACAACGAGAGAGUCUUCUUGCAAUGGUGGAUCAGGUCAUGAAUUCAAAUGGGGGUCGGCCAUAUACUAAUGAAAUAUUUCAGAAAAUACAGAGAGCAGACAAGGAAUUCCGUGAUCAGCAAGAACGAAUGAAGCUGUUGGAAUCGGCAGAAAAUUCCAAUUCUGAGUUAUCUCAAAUGAUGGAAGAGAGGCGUAAAGAAUAUGAAGAGGAUUUAAAGAAUGUGGUUCAGAUGGUUGAAUCAAAGUUGACUAAAUCAAUUUUUAUUCUUAAACAACAAUUGGCAGAAGAAAGAGCUGCCCGGUUAAAGGCUGAAAAUAAUGCUAAAAUAUCAAAGUCCAAAUUCAUGCGGGAAAUGGGUAGUCUAAAGAAUGACUUGGACAAGGCACGUGUUGAACGGUUUAUUGCUGAAAAGUAUGUUAAAUCAACUAAGUUACAAUUCAAAAUUGAAGUAGCUAAUCUAAAGAACGAUUUAGAUAAAGCACGUAAAUGGGCAUGCACCAUUAUGUGA